AUGUCGAGAUCUAAAUCAAAACGUCGCAACCGCAAUGCAAACCCGGUCAAGCAAACCCAGUCCCCACCAGCCUCUUCGUCGCCAUCAUCUCGGGUCACCAAGCCAGGCCAGGCCUUUAACAACAGCAGCAGCAACAAGCAUAAGAAGAAGAAGUGGCCCCCAGAGUCUUCAAAGGUGUUCAAGAAACAUGGAUUGAACUCAGAAUCACCAGAGGCAGGGUCAUCCAAUCAUUUCAUCAAAAAAGAUAAACCAACCAAGCCAUUCUUGAACAGCUCCCGAGCCAAAGUUCAAGGGCCGGGAAAAUCCAAAGAGACCCCAUUGCAACAUACACGCACACAUCAAGUGGAGAAAUCCCACCCUGUGCCUGGGUUCGAUUUUCAGUUCAAGUAUAAAGAUGCAGCCCGGGCUGAGGCCCAGGUUCAGGCGCUAUUGCAGCCACAAUCAAGCCUGGGAUCCCCUCCUUCAUCGCCACCGAAGGUAGAGCGCCAAAAGGGCACACUGGCUCCAGGACUUGAAUCAGCAAAAAGAAUUUACGAAGACCCAUCAUCAAAUGCAGAUUCAGAACUUGAGAUGGGAUGUGAGCCACUCUCGCCGCCGGAAAUGCGCGAAGACCUUGGAACCGCCAUACCAGUCUCUUAUCACGAUCAACGGCACGAGUCUCAUGAGACAUUGACAUCGGACUCAAUGUUGGAGUCACAAUUAGUCUCUCCAUCUGAACCGGAAAGGAACUCCUCCAUGUCACUACCAGCAUUGCCGGAAAAAGUCGUGGGUCACAAAGACACUACACCAUAUUCUUGCUUUGGCUAUGAGCAGCAGGACCAUGAAGAAUCGACUUUGGGAUCGGAACAGGGAUUGUCCUUCCCAUCGCCAGCAUCUCCAGUCUCGUCGCAAAGAUUCACGGGCCACAGAGGAGCCACACCAGCCUCUCUCCCUGUCCAUGAAUCAUCGACAUGGGAUAUUGACAAUGAGCCCGAGCUCUUAUCUGAGGCAGAGCCAAGCUCAGGGCGGGAGCCGGCUUUGUCAUCGCCCUCGCCAUGGCCGAUAACAGCCCUAAAACGGAAGAGACCAAGCACUCACCAGAGCUCCCGGCAUAAGCAAUUUCCAGUCCCUUCAUCACCAGAGAGUCUGCGCGAAUUUGAGCCUGAAUCUAUGUUUCCACGGGAACUUCUCCGGGAUCUCUGCUCGGUCUUCGUUAAAUACGCAAACUCAGGUCAAUUGGCACGAGAGAUCCGGAGGCAGCCUUUGCGCAUUGCACGUGUGAGCAAGCCAUUGCCAUUCGCACCACGACUGACUGCAUCACAGUUGAAUGCAGAGAUUGGAUUUGAGACUCCAUCAAAAGCGGGAUCCGAACAUGAAUCAUUCCGACCAACGGAAGCUGGAUCUGAAUCUGAUUUUGAAUCCGAUUCUGAAUCAUUAGAUUCAAAUGUAGGGACAACAGUACCUUCAUCCCCAUAUCUGCCUUUGGCUUCACCGCCAGUUAUGUCUCGAGUACUGCCUCCGUCUCUUCCACCCAAACGCUGGUUAUCAAGGCUCAAUAACGCAAACGAAGAAUCGUCAUUGAUGGAGACAAUCUGGGCCUUGCGUCUCCGCUUGAAUCACGAGAUCAACCCCCCGGAAGUCCCUCUCAUGAUAGACGGCAAUAAGCACCCACGCCUAUUCGCCCAAUUCCCGCCUGCUGCUCGCGAAAAUCUCGAGUGGAUGUUCCCAGAUGACUCUGAUGAUUCCGACUUUGAGCCUGAAGAGGAUGAUUAUGAUCUUGAGCUUUCAGACGAUGAUACCGAGGGUGGGCUGCCAAAUACUAAGCGCCCUAGGUUGGAGUUGCCUGAGAUCUUGUCAGAGCAAGAGGACUCAUUAGAACUGAGGGAGUCGCUGGAGCUGGGAUCAUCCACCGCCGAGCAAUCUCUAGGAUCUGAGCAAGCUUCAGAGCCUGAGCAAUUCUCAGAACCCGACGAAUUUCCAGGGCCCGAGGAAUUGCCACAGCACCAGCAGUCGUCAGAGAUAGAGCCAUCGCUAGAUCUUGUGACAUCGUCAGAGCCCGCGGCAGUACCUGGGCUCGAAAGACCAACCAACCAAGAGAGGUCAUCUGACUCCGAGAGCGAACCGCGCACGCCUCCUUCCAUCCGGGAUGAGUUACCAACAGGACUGGUCCGACAACUGAACAAGCGGAUCGAUUUGGCGAUUGCGAAAGAUAAAAAAGAGAAUCCUACGCAUUGGGGCGGCUCAUGGAUGAAAGAAUAUGAGAGAGGCGUGGCUAUCAAGGAGAGGGUUGAGGCGCAGUACAGGGAAGAGAUAAAGAAGAAGAAAGAAGAUGCUGAGAGAAAGAAACUGGAGAAGCAGGAGAGGGAUAAGAAGAAAAAGGCGGAAGAGAAAAAAAGAGCCGAAGAGAAAAAGAGGCAGAAAGAGAAAGAACUACGGAAGAUGACAGAAGAGAAGAAAAAGAGCUCAAAGGAGGCAGAGGACAAGCCGAAAGAUGUGAUAUCAGAGUUGCUGGAGCUGCUAGGCAAGGAAAACAGGAAGCGUACGAGUGUUCGUACUCGGUCUGAUCUUCAAGGAAAUCAGAGUAGAGCGCAGAUGGAGAGAUUGAAGAAAGAGAUUCUCUCUGUGAUAGGAGAAAGUUGA